AUGGGAGGAAAAGGCGCUUCGAAGACAUCGCUAAGCGGAGGCCAACAAACGCUUGACGGCAAAUUGAGAAGUACGAAGAAAGUGACGUUCAAAGAACCGGAUUUGGAUAAAUUGUAUUAUGAUUUGGAAGGAGUGAAAGAAGAAAAUAGGAAAUUAAGGGAAAAAUUGAAGGCAGAAAGUAAAAAAACGGAAGAGGAGAAAAGUGAAUGGAAAAAGAAAUAUAAGGAACAAGAAGAGAAUAUUAAAGAGCUGAUUGACAAAUCAAAGGAAAUGGAAGCGAAAAUGGGAAAUCUGGAAGAACUUAUAUUAGAGGUUAAGAAUAGAUUAGACGCGGCGCUGGCGGUGGAAACAGCAAGGGAGACGGAGAUGGAAGAAUCGCAGUACGAAGGCGACCCGACUGAUGGCAGCACAGACGAGGACAAAGGUUUGACGUGGAGUGUGAAAAGCGGAAGAAGCCACAUGAGCAGACGAAGUUUGGCGAGCGGCGUGAGCGCUACCAGUGGGGCGACUAGCUGGGUAAGUAAUAACUCGGAACGUUUUACUAAUAGGGAAGUGUUGAAAAUGAAAAAAAUGAUGUAUGACAAGGAUAAAUUAGAAAGAGCAUGCAAUAUUGUUAUAAAGGGAGCUAAUCAACAUAUAGAAGCGAUAGAAAAAAACGAGAACACUGAAUCAAAAGGCGACUAUAAAGGGUGGGUGGAAAAAUUUUUAAGCUUCAAGCUGGGAACCUCAGUGAAAGCUGUCAAUGCAAGGGUGAGCGGUGGGAAAGAAAGAGUGAUUAUAGUUAAAUUGGAAAAUGAAAAUGUAAAAAAAAAUAUUAUGAGGAAUAAAAGUAAAUUAAAGGGCACCACUAUAUAUAUAGAAAACGAUCUGACGUAUGAGGAAAGGAAGAAGCAAGAAGAAAUAAAAAAAAUGGGUAUAUGA